AUGGAAUGGUGUAUGGAUCGACAGUGGAUGUAUGAAAAGACCGAUAGUGAAGGAUUUCUUAAUUCUGAAUACUGCGACAAUGUGGAUUUUUUUUACUUUGCUUUUUCUAAUGAUGCAGUUGUUGAUAAGAGGGUCAAUAUGCAUGGUGAUAUGAUACGUGAGAUAAAAUGUCUUUGUUAUAAAUGCAAAAAUAUAAGUUACAGAGACAAAGCGACUAUUCAAAAACACUUAUAUAAGGAUGGUUUCAUGCUUCGUUAUGAAACAUGGAGUGAGCAUGGUGGAAAUUUCGUUCGUGAGGUUGGAGAAUUUUCUUCUACAAUGGAAGUUGAUGAUAAUGACGAUGGUUGCAGACGCAUGGUGUUAGAUAACAUGUAUGCAUGCGGUAAUACUUCUAGUACUUUGGAAGGACAUGUACCGAAUCCUAAAGCAAAACGAUUCUAUGACAUGCUAAAAGCUGCUGAUGAACCUUUGUGGGAUGGGGAGAAGUCUACAAAUUGUUCAAAGUUACAAGCUAUCACGAAUUUCUUGACAUGGAAAUCACUUUUCAAUGUGUCUACAACAGCUUACAACUAUAACAUUUCCAUGGUUAAUGCAUUAUUGCCUAAAGAGAAUAAGCUCCCGAAAAACUUUUAUGAAACAAAGAAGAGUUUAGAAAAGUUAAGUCUUCCUUAUGAAAGAAUUGAUGUUUGCAGAAACCAUUGCAUGCUAUUCUAUAAGCAAGACAACGCAUUAACACAAUGUAAAUAUUGUAAGGAAUCUCGUUAUAAGAGUGACCGGAAUAAGGUACCAAAAUUGGUGAUGUGGUACAUGCCAAUUGGUCUGAGACUUAAGAGGUUGUAUAUGUCUUUAAAAACAGCCAAAGAUAUGACUUGGCACCAUGACCACAAAACAACAGAGGGUAGCAUGGCACAUCCUAGUGAUGGCAUGGCUUGGAAGCAUUUUGACGCGGGGAAUCCUGGCUUUGCAAAAGAGAUUCGUCUGUCUAGGGUUAUCCACCAACAGUUUCAAUCCAAACAACUCCAACUCAAUUCCAUAAUCAUUAUGGCCCGUCUUUCUUACAAUCUAUAUCUUACCCCCUUGGAUGUGUAUGAAAGACUCGUUUGUUGA